AUGUCGAUACCACAACUUUUGAGUAGAGAUCCGAACGAAGAUUCGGAAUAUUCAUAUUCAAAAUCACAAAAUAAUUCUGGCGGUGUACGUGAAGAUGAUGUAUACGGUAGAAUAUCAACAAUAGCGCAAACAACAACAGAUAGCACCGAUGAUAAAGAUAGUGCUGCUACAGUAACUGAUGUCCGAGAUUCAGGACAUUCAGGAGAUACAACCGAAGAAGAACUUAAUCUUCCGCCAUCACGAAAACUUUCAGACCAAAAGUCCGGUUUAGUAGUGAAAUUAAAAACAAUUCAAAUCCCUGUACAAACGCAAAAAAUUACGUCACGAAUAUCACAAGAUCAAGAAUCGACUAAUGCUACAAAAGUCACUCAGGCAUCUCAAAUUGCGAAGCCCAAAUCUACUCGUGGUCGUAGAGCAGCAAGUUCUUCAUCAGUAGGUUCAGUAUCACAGUCUUCUCAAGUUCAAAAGCCUACAAAAGGUACGCGAGCACGUAGAACGGCAAGUUCUUCAUCCAUCGGUUCAGCCUCUCAGGCUUCUCAUGCUACUAAACCUGUAAAAAUAACUCGGAUUCAUAGAACUGCUAGUUCCUCUUCUAUUGGUUCAGUAUCACAGGCAUCUCAAGCGCAAGAGGUUACCUCUCAGUCGAAGCAAAAAAUUCAACAGAAUCAGAAAAAUAAGCAACAACGUUAUUCCGCUAAUUCUAAGCAACCAGGCAAAUUAGAACCUUCUUUAUCGUCACGUUCAAACAAGAAUAGUCUGACCCAACACAAAGACAUCGGGCAUACUUUUGGUUCGUCAACAAUGACUGCUGCGGAGUUGAAAUCUAAAUUUGCAUUGGCGGAAUCAAGUAGUGGUUCUUCAAGUAACAGUGAUAAAAGUGACCUUGAUGAUAGCUCGGAUUCUAGCCUAGAAAAUGAGUAUAGUGAAGAUGUUGUGAAAUAUAUGGUGCAAUUACAUCAGCGUACCAAACGUACUAUAGAUGCUUAUGAAAAAAGAUGUAGAGCAAAGAGAGAAAAGUUGCGCAAGAGAUUCUUAUUUCGUAAUAGUAACCGCAAAGAUAUCGUUAAGUCAUUGGGGACAGAGAAUAACAAGAAAAGACGAAGGCGAAUUUCACGCAAAGUCAAGAAGAUUGAUUCACGAUAUUCCAGGAAACAUGAAUAUGAUAGCGAAACCGAAGAGCAAAGGCGCGAAACUCUUUCUUUAAAGAUUCUGAAACAAAAGGAAGCAUAUGAGCUCGAGGAACGAAGAAGAAUAUGGAAAGAUAUCGUCCGCAAUGCAAUACCAAGAGUACAUAAGAUUGUAAAUCAAUCUAUAACCUUUCGAACAAACAAUGCUCGCAAGAUUGCUCAGAUUUGUCAGAAGGAAGCUCGUAAAGCUACUACCAAAUGUUAUAGAUCUCCAAAAGAUAUUCAAACUAAGGCUAAACAGGCAAUGCGACAGAUGCUUAUGUUUUGGAAACGUAAUGAAAAAGAAGAACGCGAAUUGCGCAAAAAGGCUGAGAAGGAAGCCUUGGAAAAGAUGAGAAUCGAGGAGGAAUUGCGAGAAGCUAAAAGACAAGCGCGUAAACUCAAUUUCCUCAUCACACAAACCGAACUAUAUAGUCAUUUUGUCGGCAAAAAAAUAAAUACUGAUGAUGAUCGUGGAGAGUCUUCUUUAUCCGUCGUUGUUGCAACCAGCACUCAAGAUCCCGAAUUUUCAUCUGAUGAUCUCAAUAAUUACACUGAAAUCGACGUUGAUAUAGACUCUAUGCCAGCCACUUCAUUCAAGGAUAUCAACUUUGACGAAGAGGAUGAUAAUACACUUGUAGCGAAAGCCCGUGCUAGCGCCAAGAAUGCCCUUGCGCAAGUUAAGGAACAUACCAAGAUUUUUGAUGGUGAAAGAAAAACUCAACAUGCAGAUAUAUCCUUAUCUAAUAAGGAUUUGGAUCAUAUGAACUUCCAAAAUCCUUCAAGUAUGCCGUCGGGCGCAGAGAUCAAGCAACCUUCUUUACUUGCUAAAGGUUUGGGGAAAACGGUCCAAUCUAUAUCAUUGAUGGCACAUCUUGCAGAAACACAUAAUAUUUGGGGACCGUUUUUAGUUAUUGCUCCAGCAUCAACCCUUCAUAAUUGGCAAAAAGAAAUUUCCGAGUUUCUUCCUAGCUUCAAGACAUUACCAUAUUGGGGCAAUCCUAAAGAUCGAAAUGUACUGCGGAAAACUUUGAAUAAAAAGAAUAUGAUUUUCAAUGCUGAUGCGCCUUUCCAUGUCGUAAUUACAAGCUAUCAACUGAUUGUUCAAGAUAAGGCGAAUUUCGAGAGAACCAAAUGGCAAUACAUGAUUUUAGAUGAAGCACAAGCUAUCAAGAGCUCUUCGAGUGCUCGAUGGAAAACAUUACUAGGCUUUCAAUGUCGCAAUCGACUCUUGUUAACUGGUACACCAAUACAAAAUAGUAUGCAGGAAUUAUGGGCGCUUCUACAUUUUAUUAUGCCAACGCUUUUUGAUUCUCAUCAAGAGUUUAGUGAGUGGUUCUCUAAAGAUAUCGAAAGUCAUGCUGAGAACAAAGGGUCUCUAAACGAACAUCAACUUAAGCGACUGCAUAUGAUUUUAAAACCUUUCAUGUUACGUCGUGUUAAGAAGAACGUUCAGAAUGAACUUGGUGAUAAAAUUGAGAGAGAAGUAUAUUGUAAAUUGACCGCAAGACAACGAAUGCUAUAUCGUGGAUUGCGGGAGAAGAUUUCUGUAUCCGAACUAUUGGAAAAGGCUGCUACAUUACCCGAUAAUGACAGUGUUGAUAGCUUGAUGAAUUUGGUUAUGCAAUUCCGUAAGGUUUGCAACCAUCCAGAAUUGUUUGAAAGGGCAGACGUUGUAGCACCUUUUUCCUUCUGUAAAUUCAGUUUAACUUGGAUGAUAUCGCGCGAAGGAGAUAAUUUAUACCUUCCUUACUCGACAAAAAACAUGAUCAAAUAUGAGAUUCCAAAAACGUUAUAUCGACAUGGUGGUAUUUUGUAUGUUCCCAGCUAUAAUUCUAAUACGGGAUCUCGAACUAAAAUACUUGAUCACUUGAUGAAUAUCUGGCAGCCAGAUUAUAUAAAUGAGUCCUUUUACGAUGAAAGCAACUCUUUCGCUUUCCUGAAGUUUAUGGAUACUACUCCUUCAGACGUAUCACGAAUUUUCUUCGGCCAUAUGAUAAAAAGAUGGGUGAUGCAUCUUUUACAAAGGACAAGACGUUCGCGAAGAAAAUUUUACUUGAAUCAGGAUGACGCAAGAUAUCCAAACGCGCCAGUUAAUACUUAUGCUCGUCUUUUGAUCACAGAAACAUCGUCAAAUAUCUCUCUUAUAAAUGUUGAAGAAUCGUCUGCCUUGGGUAAUUUAACAAAUAUAUUUGCGAACUCGGCCCGGUAUGCGCUAGCUAUUCUAGAUCCUUGCUAUAUACCAAAGGUGAUUGCUCCACCCGUUGAGCCUAUCUGUCAUGACAAGUGUUUCUACAAUGAUCAAGAACGAAUUAUGUUCGACAAUUCAAUAAGAGCUACACUGAUUGGUGUUGAUCAAUUACUAAAUGAGAGAGACCGAGUUGCAAGUCCUAUUGGUCAAUUCUUAACAAGUUCCGGAAGAAAGGGUAUAAUUGGACGACCAUUAUUACGAGGCCAAGGCUUUUCAUACAUGCGUGUUCCCGCCGUGAAGAAAUUAAUCAUGGAUUCUGGAAAAUUAUUCAAACUUGAUAAACUUCUUGAAGAGCUUAAAGCCGGUGGACAUCGUGUUUUAAUUUAUUUCCAAAUGACACGUAUGAUAGACUUAAUGGAAGAAUACCUUUCAUAUCGCCAGUACAAGUAUUUAAGACUCGACGGUUCUUCCAAAAUUUCAGAUCGUCGCGAUAUGGUCGAAGAUUGGCAAACCAAGCCCGAUAUCUUCAUAUUCUUAUUAAGUACCCGCGCUGGUGGGCUUGGCAUAAACUUGACCGCAGCAGACACAGUCAUUUUUUACGACAGUGAUUGGAAUCCCACAGUUGACCAACAGGCUAUGGACCGUGCACAUCGUUUGGGUCAAACAAAACAAGUGACAGUAUAUAGGUUAAUAACAAAAGGGACGAUCGAAGAAAGGAUAUUACAACGGGCUAAACAAAAAGAUGAGAUUCAAAAGGUCGUUAUAUCUGGUGGUGAAUUCAAGCAAGUGGACUUCAAGCCGCGUGAAAUCGUGUCUUUGCUCCUCGAAGACGACGAACUCGAAGCUAAACUCCGUGAUCAACAAUUGAAACGCAAGAAUGAUGAAGAAGACACAAAGAAAAAGAGUCGUUCAAAUAAACGCAGAAAGAAGGACACGAAUUCCGCGACCAUCGUUGGUUCAUCAAAAAGCCUUGAAGAAUUAUGGCAUGAAGGGGAACCUCCAAUGGCGGAAACAGAAGGCAGCGGUGUUACAACACCAGCUUCCUCAGUUGGAGGAAAUAAAAGGAAGGCCAAGGCGGUCCCAAAGCCUGCGCCUGUUAAACGGCGUUCAACUAGGGCUACCCGUGGCACAAAGACUCAGGCACCUGUCUCUGAACCUAUGGAUGUUGAUUCGUAA